AUGAGUUACUACAAUCAGGGUCAGCCCCCUGUUGGUGUGCCGCCUACUCAAGGUUACCCGCCGGAAGGCCCGAAGGACGCGUAUCCUCCGGCCGGUUACCCGCCGCAGGGAUAUCCGCCGCAAGGGUAUCCUCAGGGAGGAUAUCCACCGCAAUACGCCCCGCAGUACGGCCAGCCUCCGCCGCAACAGCAAUCGAGCGGUAGUUCCGGGUUCAUGGAGGGAUGUUUGGCUGCCCUGUGCUGCUGUUGCCUGCUGGAUGCUUGUUUUUGA